AUGGAUAUUGUGUUCGCAAUCAACACUGAGGGCAUGUCAAAAACAGCUUUCGAUAGUGUGGUGGGUGCAAUAUCUCAGUUUGCUGAUGACGUCGAUCUAGCUCCUGAUGUCACUCGCUUUGGAUUGAUCUAUGGAAACAAGGAAAUUGUCGUUCCUUUAACUCUUGGAGGAUACCAAGAAAAAGAACAUAUGAAGGAGCAGAUGCGAAGAGUCAGUUUUACGGAGGAUUCAUCUAGCGAUGGUGUUUCUAUUUACGACCCUGUGAAGCAGCAAUUCUCCAUGUUUCCUCGAAAAGAUUCUUCGAAGAUAGCUAUUGUAGUGGGACGGCAACUGAAAAGGUAUGGUCCUAGCGAAUGA